AUGAGUUUUUUCAAGAGUGUAUCAAGGCAAAGCUCUAUUCAAUCAGAGUAUGCUUUUGGUUGCCCGGAAGAUUCAUAUAAAUUCAUAUCAAACACAAGAAAAUUCGCGCCACAGCCUUGUAGAGCCCAUUGUCACAGAAGACCUUCAUCAAUAAAUCCUUAUACUGCAGGAAAUUUUCAAUUCGUUUAUAAAAAUCCAGCUCAACUCGAUAAACAUUCAGAAAGCACUAGAAAGAUUGAUGAAUUAAACGAUGCUUUAUUUGGACAUUGUUUUUGGCCCGAGUCAGGCAUACAAUGGGAUCUUCUAUAUGCCGCAAUUGCACAUGUUAGCGAUGAGUAUGUAUGCCCUAUAUGUUUAUUUACACCUGUUGCGCCGAGAUUAACAAUAUGUGGUCAUAUUAUCUGCGCAGACUGCUUGCAGCUUUUAAUGAAUCAUAGUGAUAAGGUCAUGAAAUGUCCUGUAUGCGGUGAAAUCAUUGGAUCUCAUGAUUUUAUCAGAUGCAAAUGUAUUUUCGAUUCUAAGCUUACAAAAUGCACAUUUUCAAAAGUUUAUCGUUAUGUUAGCGAUAACAUAUGCUUUGGAGCUCAUGGACAGCUUGAUUCUCUUCGUGUAGCUUCAGAUCCAUUAAAUAAAUUUACCAGAUUCACAAUAGCAGAUUCUAAGUUUAUUGAAUCAAUGCAGAGAGGCGAAAUAGAAGCUCUACAGACUCAGCAUGUCAUUUAUGCUGAAGAACCAGAAAAAGUCGCUGCAAUUCAAUCUAUCAUCGAAUCUAUACAAAAAGAAACAGUUGAUGACGACAAAACUGUUUUUCGUACAUGCAAACAUACAGACAGUGAACAAAAAGUCACUUUUUAUCAAUCUGUUGAUGGCCGAAUUAUUUUCAUGAACCAACUUAAUAAGAAGAUGCUUAUUGAACAGUUUGGAUCACUUGACAAAGCUCCAGAUAGUAUAGAAGCUCCAGUUAUGUCGACUUCUAUUGGAUAUGAAUAUGAUACAGAUAAUUCUCAUAUUCCGUCGGGUGCAGAAUGCGUGUAUGCAUUCCUUGAUUUCACGAACAUCGUUUCUAAGGAUGUUCUCGCGCAACAUUCUCGUGAAAUUAAGAAAUUAACUCCUGUUGUUGUCAAAAAACAUGUUCCAACACGAGUUAUCACGAAAGAUGACUUCCAGAAGUUCAUUCCAGAAGAACACCAUCCAGAACCAACACUUUCAGACGAACAAGAGUUUCCUUCACUUUCUCCAUCAAAACCAGCUCUUCCAAAGAAAGAAAAGCCUAAACAGGAAGAAGACUUUCCUUCAUUUGACUCUCUUUCUUCUCAGCCCCAACCAAAGAGAGGAAAGAAAAAGACAGCUGUUGUUAUUAGCGCAUGGGGCAAUAUUAAUUUCUAA